AUGGCGAUUAUUGUCCUCCUCUCCGUCACAUUACUGGCGUUUAACAUUGUUGUUUCCGUUCAUUCAAUCGGAACUAACCGUACCUAUCUUAUCAAGAAAGAUUUUCUCAGCGGUCUCAAAGGAGGUGAAUUUACUAUCUAUGAUAGUACGGGAAAGCAGCAACAAUAUCGUAUGGAAUCGAAGUUCGGCAUAACACACGACGUUCGAUUGUUCGCUGGUAAGUCGAAGAAGGAAGUUCUGGCCAGGUUGAAAGCCAAAGUGACAGCGGUCAUGUACAAAGCGACUAUUACUAUUCUUGAUGCGAAUUCUAAUCAAUGGAAAAAUGGCACUAUUACACAGAACUUUAAAAUAGUAGGUAAUAAAUUUAUGAUUGAGUAUGGCGGACGACAGAUAUCAAUGGAAGGCAAAGCCUUUUCGUUGGACACGGCAUUUCGUGAUCAAUCGGGCGGAAAUAUAUUGGCUCAGUUUCGAAAACGAAUCAGUUCAUUGUUCUGGAGAAACAAGUACGAUUUGCAAGUGAUAUCCGAUAGAUUACCCGAUGCGAUCUACUUUUUGGGAGUAGCAGCCAGAGAUCACAGUAACGCGAAGAUUCAUCGAGGUUAA